GUGUGAACUUUUCAAGAUGUUUGGUUUGGCCUCGUUUCUUUUCCGUCGUCGUUAUCUUCGUCCUAUUUCUUUGAUCUUUCUUCCUCGUCGAAAAUGGCGUUUUUUCUCAACAACAACUCAAUCUCAUCACACUUUCGAUCACACCCCAAGAAGACUGAUGAUGCCUUAGCUCUGUCUAAGAGAGGGUUUCACGUUGAGCCUGGGGCUCGCGAGAAAGCUCUCUUGGCGGAGGAUGCAGCUUUGAGGAGAUUCAAGUCGCAUAAGAAGGGUGUACACAGAGUGAAGAAGAUUGGAGAUGUACUCACCAUUGUGGUUGUUGCAGGAUGCUGCUAUGAAAUCUAUGUCAAAACAAUGAUGAAAGAAGGCGCUCGGGAACAAUGAGACUGUAUGCCCUGUUAUACAUUGUCUUCUUAACUGUCGGAAUAAAGUCUAUAUUCUUGAGUUGUUUCUUUUUCGACGUCUGAAUAAGUGGACACAGAAAAAGACAUUGUUGCGAAAUGCAAGAAUAACGAGCAAGAGCAAGGUGGUGGUUGCUUUGUUUCUCAUGUUAUUGGUUCCCUCUGCAGUCUGAAUGUUUUUUGGGAGAUUCUGUGUGACAUAUGUGUUUGUCAAGGAUUUGGAUGAAAGUUUCUGAUGGAAGUGUUGCAUAGUGGUUUCCUAGGGGCCCAAAUGUAGAAGAAUAAGCUUAUGGAUAUUCCAGGAUACCCAUAUAACUUGAUUGAAGCUAUGUCUAACAUUUUUGGGUAUGCCAUUCCGUCGAAGUUUCUAACCUUUGCUUCCAGGUCUGGUAAAGGGUCUGAUGAGGCAUGGUCCAAGAGGUCAAUAUGAUCAGGUGUAGCUUCUUAAUUUAGUGAUAGAUAGCUAAGGGAGUUCAUUUAAGACCACUGGGUGCCCAUUAACAACCUUUGAAAGGAGAGCAUGCUUUGGUGUUUAAAGCAUAUAUGAUGAGUGGACGCAAAGUGUCUGUUCCAUCCCGAAUUCGAAUAUCAAGUUUGGAGAGGGAGCGUUUAAUCCAAAUCACAUGGCUAAAUCCCGGUACGGGAAUUAGUCUGGACCUUGGUUCAUGAUAUCCGAUUAUAAAAAAAAAACUCUUGUAGAUAUGUGUAUAUCCACCAACCUCUUACGGAUUAUGAUGAAAUUGUUGCAUCAUCUCAGGUGAGGUGAGUCAGAUUUAUUUUUCUUCCUAUAGUUGGGUUUGGGUUUCAUCAGAUUGAACCUUAUAUAUAUAUAUAUAUAUAUAUAAUAGGCUCGAGUGGACUUUGUGAGUCUUUGACUAUAACGGCUAGUUUUUAUGGUAUCGUCAUGUGAAUGAAGCAUGUCUUUCUUCA